CGACAGGAAGAGGAAUGAGAAACCUAAUCCAGUUUAAACCUUGAAAGCACUCACUGGUCUGUGUCGCCCAGAGGCACCUUUCAGUCCUUUCAUCAGUCUUGUGGAUUUAGCAGAAGCUGGUUUGUGAGAGCGGCUGGUGCUUGCCUUGCCUUGCCUUGCCUUGCCUUGCCUUGCCUUGCCUUGCUGUCCAGAGCUGAGUGUCUGGGAGAUCAGACCAGCAGAUGCUCUCCUCGGCCACCAUGGGCUGGAAGGUCCAGAUCGUGCUCUGCAUCGCGUUCCUCUCCGGCGUCUCAGCAUCAAAUUCGGAUGACAACUCGAUCUUUAAUGGUACAAUCAGGAGUUUUGCUGGAACCAAAUGUGGAUCUUCUGCUUGUAACAAUUCUCAGCACAGAAGGCAAAAUUCCGGCUCAGAAUACAGACUUAACGAAAGUCUGUAUAUAAAGUCUGUAAAGUUUGAAGAUGCCGAGAAGGCAAUUCAUGUGAACAUUUCGAAGAUAGCAGGACAAUACCUAACCGGACCGUGGAUGACCAUAUUUAUUCCUUCUGUUUAUACAGCUGUUAUUGCAAUGAGUUUGCCUCUCAACUGCUUAGCAAUCUUACUGUUCCUGUUUAAACUGAAAUUGAAAACGCCGUCCAUAAUCUUCAUGGUGAAUUUGGCUAUUGCAGAUUUACUAUUUGUGCUGUUGCUUCCCCUAAAAAUCUCCUACCAUUUCUCUGGCAAUGACUGGGGAUUUGGUUCUUUCACGUGCCGAAUGGUUACUGGUGGAUUUUAUGCUUACAUGUACUGCUCUGUGCUGCUGAUGAUGUGCAUAAGUGUUGAUCGAUUUUUUGCUGUGGUUUAUCCAAUACGCUCAGUCUCAUGGCGUAGCCCUAAACGUGCUAGUGUACUUUGCAUUGUCAUGUGGGUUCUGGCUAUCACUGGUGCGUUACCCCUUUUCCUUUCUGAACAAAUGGUGUAUAUCAGCAAACUGAACAUUACAACCUGCCAUGAUGUGCUACCUCUCUCUACGCUACAAAACCACUCACUGUACUACUUUCCCAUCUUGUGUACGCUGUUCUUUGUACUUCCCCUCAUUGUGACCUCAAUCUGCUACAUAUCCAUUAUCCUUACUCUUUCCUCUUCAAGUCUGUCGACCAAAUGCAAAAAAACUCGUGCCAUCAGUUUGGCUGUGCUUGUGCUUUUUGUGUUUAUUGUCUGUUUUGCACCAACUAAUAUUCUUCUACUUAUACACUACUUGCAUUUUUAUCACAGUGCAAGUGACUCGAUCUAUUUUGCUUAUCUCCUGUGCCUGUGCAUCGGGAGUGUGAGCUCUUGCAUUGACCCUCUGAUUUAUUAUUACGCCUCAUCUUUGUGCCAAAAGCAUUUGCAGAAUCUGCAGUGCUGUGGGCAAGCAACUGAAUCUGGGAGUAGUCGGAUGGAAUGUUUGAAUGAUAAAUUGGGAACCACAUCUCCCAUUGGUGACAUCCACAAACAAUUAUUAACGUGAACCCCUCACAUGGUGUUACACAUAUAGUAUUUAUUAGUUAAAGUUACUUUACAUAGCAAUUUUGCUUUAUUCUAUAUUGCAAUCCUUGCUCCUUGAGUAGGUAUGUGUAUGAAUCCAGUGUAGAUGUUGUCAGAGACUGAAACUUGGUCAAAAUGAUGUUGUUCUUGUGGGGGCACUUCUCAGGCUUUCACCCAUUUCAGUUUGGUUCUGGAUAAAGCACAUUCCGGAUCAUUGUUCAGCGUUAAUGCUUUCAUAAGCACUUGAACAUUUCGAUCCCAUGCAUGGCAUAACAACUAGCUUCUUGCAGACAUAACAUGAUGGCAUAUUUGUCAAGUCAUAGAAGAAACUGCUCCUCAGGCUCUUAGUUUUUGUUUAGAUUAAAUUAUGUAGAACAUUAAGCCACAGAAACAGGACACUGCCCCAACUAGUUUGGGUUAUUGUGUAAUCGACUUGAGUCUCCUUUACCAUUCCUAAUCCUGUCUCCCACACCUCUUUAUUCUAUUAAAUAUCAAAAUUCAACUUAGUACAUAUACGAAUUAAGUCAGCAAUAAUGCAUUCACUGAAAAUGCAGAACUUUUCUGCCUUUAUUUGCCAGAAGGAUUGCAAAUGAUCGAACAAAUUUAUAUAUUGUACUUUUAUAAUCAACAAAAAUUCCAUGGGGAAGGAAUCUCCUCACUGUGAUUUGGAAUGGAUUUCAUUAGUGAAUGCACUUACCUAUUGGAAAGUUUUGUAUAAGACAACCUUUUGAGCACCUCAUUCAAAGAAACAUGGAAAACCAGAAUGGACAAACAUUUCAGAUGGGCAGUAUUUGGAGUCUUGUAGCUCAUUGGUUAGAGCACUCGCUUUGCAAGUGA